AUGGACUCGGAAGCAAAAGACCCCUCAAAAGCUAUGGACUGGAAAAGUAUGGCAGAGCCUAUAGGCACAGUUUCGGGCAAUGGAGCAGCUGUGAAAAAACGAGUCCCUAAAAAGGUUCGGCAAAUUCCAGAUUAUUAUUUCCUUCCACGAAGGUCUAUGGCAUCGGCAAUUUUGUUCUAUGGAUCAUGGAUAGCUGCUGGGAUUGGAGCCGGCAUGCUCACAGAGAUUUGGCUUAACAAAAAGGCCAAAGGUAUGGCCUUGGUUGCUCUGUGUCCUUGA